AUGGGAGACCGAACGGUUGAAGAAGAAGAAAAAGAUGAGGUCUUGGCUUAUGUUGGAGAAAGUUUGGGGAAAAAGGUAGUAGAUGAAGAUGAGGAGGUCUUGGCUUAUGUUGGAGAAGGUUCAGGUAAAAAGUUGGUAGAAGAAGAUGAGGAGGUCCUAGCUCAUGGUGGUAUAGAUUCAAGUAAAAAGGUUGUAGAAGAAGAUAAGGAGGUCGUUACUCAUAAUGGUGUAGAUAAGGCAGUAGAAGAGAAAGAUAAGGAGGUCUUUACUCAUGGUGGUGGAGAUAAGGCAGGAGAAGAAGGUGAUAAACUUACUAAUGGUGGUGGAAAUUUGGGUAAAAAGGCAGUAGAAGAAGGUGAUAAAGAGGGUCUUACUAAUGGAGGUGAAAACUUGGGUACAAAGGCUGUAGAAGAUGGUGAUAAAGAGGGUCUUACUCAUGGUGGUGGACAACAAUCAGAGUCACCUUGUGUAAGAGAAAUUGAUUGGUUUGAAAAAUCAGUUCUGGUCCAAUCCAUGGUGCGUUUUGGUGUUGAAGAACAUUAUGUCAAAGAAAGAUGGAGGUCGUUCCCUGCGGAGACUAAGAAGAAGCUUGAACAUGAGUGGAAUUCAUUGGUAUCAAAGGGAUUCCAAGUUGUAUCGCUCAAGAGCAAAUAUAUGAGUGAUCUGGCUUCUAUGUUUGGGGAAUUUAUAUAA